GGGCGGAGUAUCUUGCUUUUCAGAUGUUAAUCUCUAUGUACUCCCUUGAAUAAACUUUCUUUUUUGCGCUUAUCUAAUCUUUUCACUUUACAGAAUGCACUCAGAGAUAACGUAUUUUCUGUGGAUAUGGUAUCAGUAUGGGCUGAAAUCAUGCUUCCACGAGGAGUUUGAGAUGGUCAUUGCAAAAAUUGUUGUAGGGGUAGGAAUCAUAUUCGUGUGCAGUUAUAUCAACCUUCCUCUUUAUGCACUUAUAACUCAGAUGGGAUCCCGUAUGGAAAAAUCCAUCCUUGCUGAGCAAACCUCCAAGGCACUAAAGAAGCGACAUAUGGCUGUGAAGAAGAAGAAGGGAGCGAGGGCAAACAUUUCUUAUUUUGUUCUCAUGUAGGAAGUUAUCGAGGACUCAUAUUAGGGUAGAAGGUUAGUCGGUAGUCCCGCUUAUCCUUUUGUAUUAGUAGUUGCAGUUUUGCUCUUUAGAGUUUCUUUUCCUCUGAUUUGUGAUACUAUCUUUUGUUUCUUGUACAUCGAUUAUCUUAUUUGUUUGUGGUAGCUACUGUUUCUUUUAUUUCAGACCG